CGGAGGCCAGAGGAGUCUUACCCAAAUGUAAGAUGGUGGCCCGUCUGGCUGUGGAACCCACCGAAAGCUGAGAGUCUGUCUCUCAGCCGUAAAGGUCGGACUCGCUGAAGCAAUCAGGCCCGGUUCUGGAGAGUUUUUUUCCUCGACACUCGUUCAGUGGUCUCUUUGUGAGGACGCGGCAGCGCCUGGAGUCGUCUAAGGGAAAAGCGAGGCAAAGCAGGCGGGUCAUCAAAGUUCUGUUUUAGUUCUCUGUGCUGAACUUCCUUCUCCCUUAAGUUAUUAUAAACUUUUGCUGCUGUUUGAUAAACGUGAAGAUGUCUCGCAGUCCUGACGCAAAGGAAGACCCUGUGGAAUGCCCUCUUUGCAUGGAGCCCCUGGAGAUAGAUGAUAUCAACUUUUUCCCUUGCACCUGUGGCUACCAGAUUUGCCGAUUUUGUUGGCAUCGAAUUCGGACUGAUGAAAAUGGGCUUUGUCCUGCAUGUAGAAAGCCAUAUCCAGAAGACCCAGCAGUUUAUAAGCCACUCUCCCAGGAAGAACUUCAGAGGAUAAAGAAUGAGAAAAAGCAGAAACAGAAUGAGAGAAAACAGAAAAUAUCAGAGAAUCGCAAACAUUUGGCUAGUGUACGUGUUGUACAAAAAAACCUUGUCUUUGUUGUAGGUCUGUCUCAGCGGCUGGCAGACCCAGAGGUUUUAAAACGGCCAGAAUAUUUUGGGAAGUUUGGAAAAAUACACAAAGUGGUCAUCAAUAAUAGCACUUCAUAUGCAGGCUCACAGGGUCCCAGUGCCAGUGCUUAUGUAACCUAUAUCCGCUCAGAAGAUGCUCUCAGAGCCAUACAGUGUGUCAACAAUGUGGUGGUAGAUGGCAGAACACUUAAGGCAUCUCUAGGUACAACAAAAUACUGCAGUUAUUUCUUAAAGAAUAUGCAGUGUCCAAAGCCUGACUGCAUGUAUCUACAUGAGCUGGGAGAUGAGGCGGCCAGCUUCACUAAAGAGGAAAUGCAGGCGGGUAAACACCAAGAAUAUGAACAGAAGCUUCUUCAAGAAUUAUAUAAAUUAAAUCCUAAUUUUCUUCAGCUGUCCACGGGUUCAGUUGAUAAGAAUAAGAACAAAGUGACACCACUGCAGAGCCCCAUUGACAAACCUUCAGAUUCUCUCAGUAUAGGGAAUGGUGAAAAUUCCCAGCAGAUAUCUAACAGUGACACACCUUCACCACCACCUGGUUUAUCCAAAUCUAAUCCAGUCAUCCCCAUCAGCUCAUCAAAUCACAGUGCACGUUCCCCUUUUGAAGGGGCAGUAACAGAGUCACAGUCAUUAUUUUCAGACAAUUUUCGCCAUCCCAACCCUAUUCCAAGUGGGCUUCCUCCUUUCCCCAGCUCCCCACAGACGUCCAGUGACUGGCCGACAGCACCAGAACCACAGAGUCUCUUCACAUCAGAAACAAUACCAGUAUCAUCCUCUACAGACUGGCAAGCAGCAUUUGGCUUUGGUUCUUCUAAACAACCAGAGGAUGACUUGGGGUUUGACCCCUUUGACGUCACUCGAAAAGCCUUAGCAGACCUGAUUGAGAAGGAACUGUCCGUCCAAGACCAACCUUCCCUUUCGCCCACAUCUCUUCAGAACUCCUCUUCACACACUACAACCGCCAAAGGCCCAGGCUCUGGAUUUCUGCACCCUGCUGCGCCUGCAAACGCCAACUCUCUCAGUAGUACCUUUUCGGUCUUGCCACAGAGGUUCCCUCAAUUUCAGCAGCACCGAGCGGUUUAUAAUUCGUUCAGUUUUCCAGGCCAGGCAGCCCGUUAUCCUUGGAUGGCCUUUCCACGCAAUAGCAUCAUGCACUUGAACCACACAGCAAAUCCCACCUCAAAUAGUAAUUUCUUGGACUUGAAUCUCCCGCCACAGCACAACACAGGUCUGGGAGGGAUCCCUGUAGCAGGGGAAGAAGAGGUGAAGGUUUCGACCAUGCCACUGUCAGCCUCUUCCCAUUCAUUACAACAAGGACAGCAGCCUACAAGUCUCCACACUACUGUGGCCUGACAACAGAACUGAGAGGAGAGGAUUAGACUCUGGGGUGCUUGCAUGGGCAACCGGAUUUUUGCAUGAUUCCUUUCUGAUUUUGCAUUUAAUGUAUACAUCCAAAAGAGCCAAUAUAAACGUUCCUCAUGCCUACAACUAGUGUGUUACCUCAUAGUUGCUAAAGUAUUUUAUUAGGCCUUUAACAUUACUUAUUAGCAUAAUGAUUUUGGCAUUGUUUUUCGUGAGUGAUGCUCUUUUUAACUCAAAGAAAUAAACUUGUAGUACUAAUUAUGAUCCCAGAUGAGAUUAGCUAGAGCUGUUCUUCUUUUGGCUCUAUUAUUGAAAAUAAUACAAAGGUAGUGGUAGUUCUUUGUUUUCUGAUUUGUGAAAAAAAAAAGUAAUAUUCUUAUCUACUGAAAAAUUUGGAAAUUAAGAAGCUAAUGUCUGUUGCAUUCUUUGAAUACUUGAGAAGAAAGAAUACAUAUAAAUCAAAAUUGGUGGUGUCAGUGAAUUCUUAGAAGGAUGUUGUCAGCAAUUGUCUUAGUUGUUUGGAUUUAUAUCCUUCAAUUAUGCAUUACAUGUGUAGAAACGGUUGUGUUCUCAUUUGCACACUUGCACUUUCUUUUUGAAUGCUUGUUAAUUAUACAUAGAUGGUUGAAAGAUAAUAAUUAUUGUAGCCUAAAUGCAAUAUAAUCUCUUUUUGAAUGCACUGCCUAGUAUACCAGGAAAUGCCUCACAAACAGAAUUUCAACUUAAUAAGUUGACUCAUCAGAAACUUGAAUAUGGGAUAAACAUUGUAUGUGAGAAGUAACCGUAGUUCCACAUUUUUUACUGAACAAACAAUAAUUCUGUGUUGUAUCUGUUUGACAAUUUCAUUGUUUAAUAAUGUGUGAUUAAGCACCUGACCAGAUGAGAGUAAAGUGAAAGACAACAGAUUGGAUGCCUUCCGAAAUUAGGCCACAUAAAUUGUAACACAUAAUCAUAGUAGACAAUGGAGUAUUUUAUUGGACCAGAAUAAUGUGAUGUUUUUUUGAUUAAAAAAUUUUUUUCUUGAAAUAAUUUUAAAACUGAUGAAGAAAUUCAGUUUAGUUCUGAGCUCUUGGCAAAAGCUGAAUCAGGAAACAUGAAUUCCUAAAUGAAGCAUCUGUGAAGAAAGGGCAAGUCAGACCUCCCCUUGAGGUAUGGGAAAAAAAGCAUUUGUGAUAUGAAGUCUGCCUCAGUUUAUUAAAAACAAACAUACAACAUGAAAGGCUUUUGUGAAUACCCAAAUGAAGCUAAGGUUUAAAUUAAUAAAAUAUCCAAGGAGCUAAUACUAACGUCAUAUUGAGUUGGAAUUUUAUAUGUAAAAUCAGUUUGUUUUUUAUUAAAUAUUAUAUAUACAAUAAAUUAAAUGGCUUUAUCCCCACGUGUGAUGAGGUAAGCAAUCUUCUCAUAGGUGUUCUUAGUUUGGGUUAACUGGAUGCAGAAACAACCCGUUAUUUUUGAGUUAUUGUUGUCAAAUUCAGGAUAACUAUGAGCCUUUACUUUCUAUUCAGAAGUGUUUUUACAUAAGGAAAUUGAAACAUACAGUGAAGCAUUGUAAAUGUAUUAAACAUCAGCCUUUAAUCAGCGCUUCUGUUAAUUAUGAUUCUGAUUUUUCGUUCUAAGUGGCCAGUACUUCAUUUGUGUCUCCUGUGGGCCUAGGCUCCUGCACUUUGUUCACAAACUCUGACUUCCCAUCAUGAUCCUUAUCAUCUCCUAGUGUUUUCCAGCCUUCAUCAUUAGCCUUCCAUCAUCUGGAUCUUCUUACAAAGCCGUGGCAGAUAUCUAGCUCUUACUCAUCACUUCUUUCUUUGGAGAGAUACAUGUGUUAAGUACCUCUUCUUCCCUGGGAGCUUUCUCUGUUUUUUUCUUGAUCGUGCUUUUGUAGAAGAACUGUUAAGUCAUUUGCCUGGUCCUGCCAGAGACCUGGAUAAAAUCCAUCUCUGUACCUGCUUGCUUCCAGGCACAGCACAGGAAAUCAAACCAGUCCUUUGAAGCAAUUAGGUUUCAGCUUUAAAACACAUUUUUUAACCUAGAAUGACAAAUAAUGAUCUUUUAACACACUUUGUAAUUGCUAUGCCUUGUAAGCCUCGUGUUUUUGCUUACAUGUCUCAUUUUACUCGUUCUUUAAGUUCCAGUCUUAAAAAAUCAUAGUGGUGAUUAAUUUUGCAUAGAAGAAAUUACACAUCACAUAGAUGAAGUAUCACUUCACAUCACUGCUAAAUUGAAACCAAAAUGCUGAUAAGAUUAAAUUGUGAUAAAUUUGCUCCAAGUUUGGUGUUGACCAAUUCCCACAUGAUCCAUCUUGUAUGAAAAAAACCAUUAGGUACACUUACAUCCUUAACUUUUAUAAAGUGACAUGUUGUUUCCUUAACACGGGAAUUUUUAACCUGGUGUCCCUAACUAUAUAGAAGUACAUACAAACUUAGGGGUCUGUGGGUGUGUUUUCCUCCGGCAAGAAGACCCACAGUUAGUAGAUGUGUUGGCCACCUCCUGAAUAAUAGUAAUAAAAAGUUUCAAAAUGCUGUCUUGAAAUGUUUUUAGUGCCACUGUAAGAGUUCUGCACCAAAUGAUUUCAGGUCUCUGAUGAAUGUCAAGUGCCUCUUUACUUUUCUUAAAGACUCUAUUAUAAAAUAUUUUGAUUAAUGCUGCUUUCUCUUUCAUUCUGCUGUUGGAUUUUGUUUUUUUUUUCCCGGUGGUGCUUUUGUAUAUUGUCUUAUUUCAGCAGAGUAUUAUUUGAUUACUUGUUCUGUGUGGUGAUCUGAAUUACAUCUUUAGAGAUACAAGACUGAAUAAAAUAUGGACUGUAUCAUGAACUAUAAUACUCUAGUGGCAGCCUUAUUUCACAUUUCUGACAGAUUUGUUCUUGAUGCAUUUUAAACAGUGUUAGCAGUCCAGAACCUAUUCACUAUUCAUCACUUAAUACCUGCUUUAUUACUGGCAACAAUGGAGUAUUGAAUAUUGCACUUAAGCUGUUAAAUGCCUAAUAAUUUGGAGUAAGGUACAAAAACCUUAACAGGAAAGACAUACGCCUUAUUCUAAUUUAUGAAUGUGUAUGCUUAUGUCUCUUACUCCUUAAUUAGCAUCCUGGGCGUUAGAUAGGACCUUCUAUAUAAUGACCCCUUUAAAGAAAACAACUUUGAUGCAUUUGGGCUGUGUGCUUUUCUGCAACAUGGCUCCUUUUCCUUGGUUAUAGUCGGAG